AUGGAUAUCGAGUCCCAAAUAAAAACCCUCAUGGAGAUGGGGUUUCCCCGAGACCAGGCGGUUAAAGCCCUUAAAGUUACGGGUCACGAUGCCAACAAGGCAAUUGCGUAUCUCUUUGGAGAGUUUGAAGAGCCCCAGGGCAAUGGCACUGAGAAUGCACCCAUAGAAAUUGAUGAUCCACCAGUGCAGGGUCCAAAUCUACCUCCUGAGCCACAGUCACAUCAACAUCAAGAGCAAUUUGACACCGUGGAUGUGAAAGUCCCAGAUGGCUUACCUGAUUACUUGGGCCAAUUUGUGGACCUGGGAACUUCAUCAUUGGCGCAGGCUUCCUCCAGGGGCGAUGAGUUUCAACCGCCUCCAAUUCCACUGGCACCACGUCCACAGGUGGCUGAUUUCACGCGGAAUCUGACGGAGUUCAUUGAAGUUGAAGGACGCUCGGAGCCCCUGAGUUACAGGAACUACAGCAGCAACAGUAGCAGCGACGAUGAAGGUGAUGGCAGGCCCGAUUACCGUGGAAACGUUGCCUUGUCAGAUUCCUCUUCCAAUAUGAGUGAGUGCUCAAUUCCAAAUGUCAAGACUGAGGGCCAUUUGGUGCCAGUUUUGAGAAAGAAGAUCUGGGGGUACCGCUACUGGGUCUCUGUUCUCUCGAUCUUGAGCCGAAGUAAGCAUUUCAGUGAGGUUGUGAUGCUGGUUCCUGAAGAGACGGUCACUCCAUUUAUUGAGGAGCUACAAAAGAUCGUUGACUUUGUUCAGAACUUCAAGAGGUAUAAAGAAUGGUAUAUGCUAGUGGACGGCUUGCUAAGGGCCACCGGGCCCAACGUUCCCCAGGAGGACGUCUCACCUGGCGAAGAGGCCAUCAAUAAUAUCUAUAAAGAGCUCACUGACGCGAUACCUGAUUUAAAGUCAGUGUUGGCCUCGCUUGUUGAAAGCGUUGAGGAGAAUAUUAGUAACGAGAUUCCAGUUUUGGAAGUGGACCCCGACAUCAGAAAGCAGACCUUGUAUCAGACUUUGAAUGGUCAGUUUUGGGAGCAGAACUUCACCAAUUUGGGCGUAGUGAAGUACAAUCGUAUUUCUCCAGUUGUCACUAUCCAUUUGAUCAAUGAAGACGACUAUAACCUGCAGCCCUUCUUCGUGGACGAAUACUUCUACCCUGAAAUAUACUCCGACAAAGCCUUGAAAGAAGUUCAAAGGCAUGUUUCGCUUCUACGAGAAGUUGAACAUGAGCGCCGUGCAUUGUCGCGGAGCUUGAUAGACUUGAACUUUUUCGAAGGUAAGCGGUUGGGAAACCUUUUACGUCAGGCAACUGAGGUGCUCAAGUCUGAGAAUGGAGAAGCUGGCGCAGAUCUUGAGCAACUCACAAACCUGGUCAACGAGCUUCGAGAGCGUACGGUCGAGAGGCAAACUCAAGCCAACAAAACCUCGGAACAGAAUCAAUUUUCUCAUUUCAGAGAUGUCAUUCGUGCACUCCCCAACUUGAACCGCUAUCGCUUGCAGGGUAUCAUCAUGAAUGAUGAAUGGUAUUACGUUCGCCAAAGGGACGUGUGGGUGAAGAUGGAUGUCUGUGAACUUGUUGAUUUUGAGCUCGUCAUCUCAGAUGUCAGGAAUUGCACCAUGCGUGGCUCUCAGCCAGUCACACUCUUGUACGUGAAUGCUGAAGGCGAGCCUGCCUGGACAGACUCAGAGGAAGGUCUGUCGGAUAAUGAUCUCAUAAUGUUAAGCGAUGAAGAAACAAAAAGCUCGAAAGAAGUUGAGUUGAAUGGGGAUGAAGCUGGCCAAGAAUACACAAAUGAAGAGGACACAAAUGACGAUGGAGGUGAAGUAAAGAAGGAGGAUGAAGAAAUAGAGAUUGUUUAA